AGGGGCGCGAGCCUCCCUGAAGCAGCAGAGGAAGACGCGGCGGGGCAAACUGAAGAAGAAGAAUUUAACGGUUCCCGGUUGUUGAACCGCUCCCGUCUCCACGGUGCCGCCUGUGCUUUCACAGCAGUGUUAACUGUACUGUCACCUCUCAUCAAGCGCCUGGCUGUUUCCCCACCUCACCGACUGCUUUGUUUUCUAACGUUUAGCUAUGUGUUGACAACUUCCCUCAUUACGGAUCAUUACUGCGACCAAAGACUCAGAGCGAUGGAGGAGGGCUCUGAGGUGGUGGAGGAUAUCGUAUUUCGAGGAGUGGAGUUUUCUGUGAAGAUAGAGGUGGACAAGGGUUUGCUGAUAGUUGAAAUCUCUGAUGCUAUGACAGCAGAUCAGUGGAGAGGGGACUUUGAUCCAGCAUACAUUGAAGACCUCACCCGCAAAACGGGCAACUUCAAGCAGUUCCCUAUUUUCUGCAGCAUGUUGGAAUCAGCUGUUAGAAAGAUGAGUGAUUCUGUUACACUCGACCUCUUGACCUAUGCCGACCUGGAGCUGCUCCGCAACAGAAAAGCCGGAGUGGUUAGUCGUCCCCGCGGCAAUCAACAGUCAUCUGUUCUCACUGCCAAAAGAUAUCUAAUCCUCAUAUACACUGUAGAGUUUGACAGGAUACACUACCCUUUACCCCUGCCCUAUGUGGGUAAGCCCGACCCAGCCGCCCUGCAGAAGGAAGUCCGAGCUCUGAAAGCUGAGCUCAACAACGUCUCCUCUCAUGGAAUCAACAAAGCUGCACAACUAGAAAUCCAGCAGCUACGAGCAGAGCUGGCUCUGGUGAAAGAAGAGAAGGAGGCUAUGGCUAAGGUGCUGGAGCGACUGCAGAUCGGUGGAGGUGGUUUGGUGGCUGGACGAGAGGACAGGAGGGGCAGAGGCGUGGUGAGGCAUCUGGAGGAGCAGCUCGUGAAGGAGAGGGCCAAAAGUCAACGCUCAGCUAGCAAGAGAUGCCAGGACCAGCACCUCCUCAUGGAACAGUUUGAGGGCCUGAGAGCAUCAGAGUGCGCUCUCCGUGUUCGGGUCAAGAGUCUCAGCAGUGAACUGGCAUUACUACGGAGAGGGUUAGACAUUCUAAGCGUGAGAGUGACUCCUGUUCACUUCAGCUCUCGACUGGAUGGGGAAGCCUAUCGCUCUCUGUCCUGCGAGAGGAGGUCAGGGUACGGGACACUGAGGGCUCGCUCGGGGUCCAGAGAGCGGAUGGAGGACAGAGGGCAAAGGUCAGAGGAUAGGGGAAGGAGAGCGGACUCUUCGGGACCGCGUGCUUCAAUACGCAGGCCGUCGGCUUCUCCCACUGCUUUUCUUUCUUUUACAGGGUCCCAGGUUCAACGCUUUGACCCAACUGCUUACAUCCAGGACAGACAGCGCAGACAGAAAGAGGCAGAGCUCAAAAAACAGAGGAAGGUACGGAGGGACAUUCUGAUCUCACCCAACGUCCCAGAGAGGGGGCGGUCACGCUCCAGGGAUGCCUAUCCUCACACAGCCCGAGCCGGUAGCAGAGGCAGGAGUUUAUCAAUAGAGCGGAGAGGGAGCAGGAACUCCUCUGAAAGCUCCUUAGUGGAUAUGGAAGAAAUGUCCCAAAAUCUGUUCAGAGGAAGAAAAAAGACCUACAACGGACCCAGUGUGUCUAGAGGAGGCCUUUCCACCAGGAAGCAAUUAUGCAGUACUCCAACCCACAGGACUAAAGACAAAGAGAGCUCCAUAAAUACAGGAGCUGAGCUGUCGGACAUCGAUGCCCGGCUGCUGGCCCUGCAGGAGUACAUGAGGGACCUGGAUACAGGACACUAACAUGUUAUAUCUGAAAACUGUACAAUGUGGAGCUCAGGGCGUCUUUAUUCUUUUCUACUCCCGUGAAAUACUGAGGAACGGGUAGAGUGACGGGUUAACCGGUGCUCAUGUGAGAGACUGGAACCCAGAAGCUCAGAUCCAGGACUUCAGGACAGCUACAGCCAUCACUGUGAACUGAAUUCAAUUUUUUUUAUUUACUACAUUUUUAUAAAUUAACUUAAAGAUGUCUGAGUGAGUUGUUGUCCUUUCUUUUUAUAACACCUGACCAAAACUUGUUACAUGGAUGUGAAAGUUUGGCAGUCCUUGAAUACUUUAUGUUUGUCCUUACUCACUGUCGAUGUUUUCUUUCCUUUUUUGGUUGAUUGAGAGCACACCACGUUGUCUGUUGUGUUUUCUCUAAAUGUGUGUCAUCAUUUCUAAACACAUUUGAUCCAAGCAGCUAUUUUAAAUCAAAUGUAAGUAAGUGCAAAUGUGUUUAACAUGUUAACCAUAGUGUUAAACGUGCAAUGGCCUGACGUGUCUUCUGCCCACUGCACUGAUUUUGUGGUUAAAUGUCAUUACAGCCUAAUUCUGCAUUUCGUAUGUUGUUACAUUAGCUCUAUUUCCUGCUAGACCUCGAACUCAACAUUACCUGCGAUCCAACCUUUUUCUUAUCCACGUAGUGCAUUCAAAUGUUACAUUCUGUAGUCUGUGUGACUGAAAGUAGACCCAGCUUUCCAAAUGCAAGCAUAAAACAUAUUCAUCUUUGGUAACAUUGGUGUAAGGGAACAAAACUUACUGUAUAUGCCAAGUGUGAGAACACACACUCCUUUUCUAUGAUAGUGAAACUGCCAAAUUUUGGAUGAACUGUUGUAAGUUUGCCAAUACUUGUACUCUAUUUUCCCCCAGCCUAAUGUCUUUUAUACCUUCAAAAAAUAUAAUUUAUAAGAAACAUAUCCUGUGUUUAUUUUUUUACUUCCAUUUGCGUAGUUGGUGAAGUGGAGCCUGAGGGAAGUC